CAGGUUGUUUCAGGACAAAGAAAGAAUGAUGAACUGCCGAUACCCUCAGCCAGAUUCAAGCCUCCGUCUUUUCUGCUUCCCCUGGGCAGGAGGUGGUUCGAAUUUCUAUGCCAGGUGGGGAAAAGAUGUGCCAGUGAAUAUUGAAGUGUUUGGGGUGACACUUCGUGGCAGAGAAUCUAGGUUUGCAGAGACACCCUGUGUGUCCGCCACGGAGACAGUCGCCGAGAUAGCUUCCACCAUUCACUCAGAGUAUGGCGAGAAGCCUGUCAUACUGUUUGGACACAGCAUGGGCGCUCUUUUAUGCUUUCAAACGGCCGUCUUCUUGAAGACUGUGUAUGGAAAGGAACCGCAACACUUGUAUCUGUCUGGUAUUUCUGCACCACAUACUGAAAGUAGACGAAGAGAAUCAAAAGACCUAUCUACAACUAGUGACGAAGAAUUCGAGCAGUAUGUAAAAGAGCUUGGUGGCACACCUCCAGAGAUUUUGGAGAAUCAGGACCUAUUUAAGCUGUUUCUGCCUACAUUAAAAGCUGACUUCACCAUUGUGAAUCAGAUUGUCUCUGAGCCGCCAGACGGACACCCUCCUCUUUCCUGUCCUAUCACCUUUUUUGACGGCGCAGAAGAUAAUGUUCAUGACUAUGAAGGUUGGAGUCAGCUGACGAGCGGUUCAUUCACUUUAUAUAAAUUCCCUGGCGGUCAUUUUUAUAUAAAAGACGAAUGGAACUACAAAAGAAUAAUUGAAAUAAUAAGAAAAGAUUUUCCAUCUUCUUUUGGAUGUUAAUAUGCUCUGCUGUUGUCCUUGUCAAUAAUGAAAGUAUUUUAACAAUCCAUAUUUGCAAAAUUAAUGAAGAUCUGAGGGCUAGCAUAUUUAAAUACAAUUACAAAACACUAAUAAUAGACAGUCGGGCGUGGGGUUCUUUUUUAGUUUCUUCCAGCAUUUUCAUGUAGAGUUGUUUGGAAAACUGCGCAGUAGCUUGCUAUGUUCAAAACUUAAUUGUUAGUAUUUGUUUUGUGUAAAGUGCUUUCAGCUCAACUUGAUGUUGGUUAUUGUAAUCACAUUAUUAUUAAUGGCGAAACAUAUUGUAGAGGUUUUUACCACUGUGCUGCAAACUUCAUCAUUAUCAUCUUCGUUGGACGGUCGCUGCUAUAAACUGGACAUUACACAAGAUUCAGUGGCUUAGUCUGUCAAGUCUGUCAACUGUGUCCAUCAACUACAAAAGGCAGCGAACUGCAUUAACCAGAACUUUCAAACAAUAAACUGUGGUCAUAUAAUGAAUGUCAGCCAGUAAACACAGGCCUCAUUGUUACAAUCAGUUCUCCGAGAAGCUGCUACUUUCCCUCAACAGGUCUGAGUCUGUGCCCCUUUUUGCAGAAAACAAUUUCCUGAAAAGAUUAGUAAAAAUAUUUUGUAUUGUAAUCUGCAUUGCAAUGGCACCACGUCUGAAGUGGAGGAGAUGAAGGGAGGGAGAAGGAAGCAAAGUCUUUGCCAGUGAUUAGCUUUACCGUUGCCAUUCGGACUCCAACACCCGAAAGCUACCCGCCACUUGAACCUGACACUUUUCCGUUAUUUCACUUUGUAAGAAAAGAUGUGUACAGCCCUGCAUCAUCCAUUGUCAUCACUUCUGGCGGGGCACUGGUCCCACCUACACCGGGGGAGAGCCAAACGUCUUCCCUGUGUUAACCCUUCCUGCUAUGAACGAAUUUUAUAAUUAUGUGUGAGAGAGAAAGAAAAAGAGAGAUUAUUUCCACUGUUGUUUUUCAAUGUAGACAGUGAAAACACUAACUUAUAAAUAAAGUCCAUUUUUGUUCCAAUU